AUGAAGGCCACCGGCGGACCGUUCAUGUGGAGGAAACUAGGGCUGCCGAGAUCCAUCCCCUCCGACAGUGACGAUGAAGCGUGGGACACCACUCCACCGGCCACCACCAACACCGAGACACCACAGGCCACAAGUACAGCAACAGGACGCACCGACUCACCGGCCGUCCAGACAUAUUACCGGCAAACGAAACGGCCAAGAACGCCGCCACCACCAUCCACAAUAGCCCCGAAGGCAAACCCUGCGGGCGAAAUGCUACCUGAAGCCACCACUUCCUCCAGCCAUGGCCAGAAACGGCCGAGAAUACAGUCGCCACCUCCGCCACCAAGAUCAGAACCAGAACCUACCAUUGCCAUACAUCCCGCAGGACACAAAGAAAGUGGUACGCCCACUGCCUUCACCAGCGAUAUGCCCGCGGAUAUGCCCACUGAUGCGCCCAGCAAUUCGCUAAGCGCUAUGCCAAGUGAUAUGCCCACUGAUGCGCCCAGCAAUUUGCUAAGCGCUAUGCCAAGUGAUAUGCCCACUGAUGCGCCCAGCAAUGUGCCAAACGCUAUGCCUAGCGAUGUGCCCACUGAUGUGCCCACUGAUGCGCCCACUGAUGUGCCCACUGAUGCGCCCACAGACUUACCAAGCGACACACUCAGUGAUAUGCCCAGCAAUUUGCCCAGCGAUUUGCCCAAGCCAGUAUACCCAGAUCACAUCGUUAAAGCCCUGUUUCCUGAAAUAAAAUGGGUCAGCUCAAAAUUCUUGAAAAUUUGA